AUUUACAAGAACCCCUGUUCUCACAACUGUUCAACACACCAGUGGAGGCAAAAAAGCAGGAAUGAAAAAUACUUAGAGGACCAAAGACAGUCAUUAGAACAAGAAAGAGGAGAAGAGAAAGCAUUUUGUACAUCAUGCCCACUGUUUAGAUUAAUAGGAAGAGACCAGAUAACUGGAACGGAAAAUGGCUGCUUCAGCGACCUUUAGUGUGCACAAUGCCAUCCCUGAAUAUGCAUCUUAAAAAUGGAUAUGCUCAAAAUACUCAUCAAGGAAAGAGGGAGCAGGCAACUGACAGCCACUGGAGAGAAAAGGAAAGUCUAUGCAGUACUAACAGCCUGGGCACAGGAUAUGCUAGAAUAAAAGACCUUCAAGCAAACUCACCUGGAACAACACCAUUCACAGACAACUGCAAAGCUUAAAAAUGCCACUUUUUGGCUGGAUAAAAUGGUCAAAAAAUGAUUCCUACAAACCCGCAAGACAUCCUGGAUCAGAAGUAGUUACAAAAACUCUACUGCGAGAGUUGAAAUGGCACCUGAAAGAGCGUGAAAGAUUAGUGCAAGAGAUUGAAAAUGAGCAAAAAGUCCAGAAGACUGGCAUGGAUUACAACUGGCUGAAGAGUUACCAAAACCCUCAAGCAACAAUUCCAGCUACGGAGCAGCGACAGCUCGAAGUUCUGUGUUCACAAAUCCAGCCUUGCCAAACAGGAACUGUUCUCAGCAGAUUUCGUGAAGUUUUAGCAGAAAAUGAUGUUUUACCUUGGGAAAUCGUCUACAUAUUCAAGCAAGUUUUAAAAGAUUUUCUUACCACCACUGAGAGAGAACAUCAACAAGACCAACUGGUAGAUGCAUGGAAUACAAAUUGCUCUGAACAUUUCAGCCUGCACGGAGACAGUUCUAACAAAUCGGACAAAGACGAAAUCCCCACGGUUUCCAGUUAUGUCGACAAAAACACACAAGCAUGUUCCCACCUUCUCUCAUAGAAUCUGGAAUCUACCCUAUUACUACCCAUCAAGUUCAGCUGGUCUGUGCUUCUUUCAAAAACUUACAUAGCGGUUUGCAUUCUUUCUUGUAAUCGCUAUCCACAAACAUUAGAAUAAAAAAGGCGACAUGCUCCUCUUUUUCUCCAAGUUCAGAAGUUAAAACCCUUAACUCUAGCUAGCAUACAGUAUACAAACUUCACGUAUGAACUCUCCUUUUAACUUUAUAGUACCUUAAAAAUGUUGUGUUUGAAGGCACCUUUUUACCAAAAAUGUAGAUGUUUCUAAAUAAAACUCUGAAGCAUUUUAGUUUUUAGCCAUAUAUAGCUUGAUGUAUUUAAACAAUAAAAGAAUGCUUCCCAGAUUUUGAAACAGCGUCAAUCCUCAAAGCAUUAGGCAAAAACUUGUGUAUUUGUCACAUAGCUUUUAGGCUCUAUGGGAACUUUAUACCGGGUAAAAUAAAUGGUUUAAUAUAACGUUACACCAAAUCAAGUGAUAAAUACUUUUUGAAGCCGAGCAGUUAUUUUUUAGCUUCAAGAAUAAGUUCUAAAAUUAAAACGAUGUCAGAAGUUGUACCACUCUGCAUGUACUAUUACUGUAUUUUUCCCAAACUGUCCUCUCUACUUGCUGAAAUACUGUGAAAACAGACAACUAAAUGAAAACGCUGGGUAUCUAAUGGUGUUUAACAACUAGCUCUCUAUUCUUUAAAAAGUUAAUGAACUGUUUUAUUUCAAAUAGUUGUACUCCUUCAUUUGUCUUCCUGGAAGUUAUCCUGAAACCCAGGCUCUGUAUUAAACUCCAAUCUGUUCAUCAAAUCAGACAGUACUUUACUACAAUAGCAAAAGAGUCAACAGACCAGUUCAAAGCAAGAGGCAAUCUUUUUAAAUUUCAGUAAAACAAAAUCUCACUGUGGAUUCAUAAUAAAGUUUUACAAGACCAAUUGGAUACGUAGCAGUUAGGUCACAGCAGACAAUUAGAGCAGAAAUCAAUGAAAACAUAUGCCAGAAUUUCCAAUUGGUCUCUCAUCACCGUAUGUAACAAAUUUUUACACGUCUUAUAUAACCUCUUCAUCUCCAGAUUCCUUUUCAUAUGUCUGCCACAUCACAGAAAAUGGGCAAGACUCACAUAGCCCAACUCACAAAAUGCACUAUUUCACAAAUACAGAGGGGAAACUGCUUCCUCUAAUCUUUUCUUCAAACACACUGAAGAAAAUGCUCAGAUUUCCUCAAGUUGGCAACACACAGCUGAAAGCUAUUUC